GCGGGAGGCUGGACCGGGACGGAUUGCGGAGAGCCGGGGCCACGGCGUGGCCGAGCCCCAGCUGGGCUGGAGCCGAGCCCGGCCCCACGGCCGUCCAGCCCGGCUCCGGGCUGGCGGGAGAGGACAGCGGAGGAGGGACGUGCCCCGGUCCCACAUAAAAAGCCCUCGGCGGGGCCGGGGAGCAGGCGGCACCCCGAGAAGGGAGCAGAGCGGCGCUGCCGGAGCCGUGGGAGCGGGGCCAUGGAGCAGUACUUCUCGGCCACCCGGAAGAUGGAGCGGGAGGUGAUGUUCCCCAGCCUGCUCCGAGGGGUCUUCCCGCAGCAGGAGGGGGCGGCCCCGGCCACGGGCGGCCGUGCGGACCUCUACGAGCGCUACCAGCUCCUCAAGGCCAUCAAGCCCGUGGUGGAGAAAGGGCUGGCCUCCGUCGCCGACCAGAGCCCCAGCGGUGCCGACGCCGACGCCGACGCCGACGCGUCCUCGGACGCCGUGGACGCCCAGCUGGAGGAGCGCCUGUCCCACCACCUGGCCGGCUUGCAGCAGGUCCUCACCCACCUCACCAGGGACGCCAACGCCCUGACCCGGAGGUACAGCCAGAUCCUGGAGCAGAUCAGCCCCGGCGAGGGGCAGCCCAGCUGGUGACCCUGCCCCAGACGGCGGGACGAGCGCUGGCGGCACGGAGGAGAGGACGUCCCCGUCGCCGGCCGUCGCGGGCUCUUCGCCAGCCCCGCUCGCCCUCCCCGCGCCGCGGCAGCUGAUCUCCCAGCGCCGGCACCGCGCGACGGCGACGGCUGCGACCGCCCCAGAACCAGCCGGCGCCGUAUCCUCGUCGGAAGAAAGAAGCGUCUGGUCGUGCCGGGAGGUCCGCUGGAAGAGUCGCAGGCUCGCGCCCUCCUCUUUAUUUCCGAAGAGCGGCGCGAAGGCGGCGGCCCCGACCUCCGGCGGUCCCCUGCGGCCGCCGAGCCCUUUUCCAGCUGGUACCUGGACUCCGAGGGCUGUUCCCCCACUCUUUGCUAAUAAAACGAGCGCUGUGAA